AGAGUUACGUCCCUUACCCGACGAAGCAGCGUUUCAACUUCCAUCAGGUAUUCAACAGUCAAUAGCGAUAGCACGACAUGGAGCGGUGGUCGGGACGUGUAGCUCUAGUGACAGGGGCCUCGGCCGGUAUCGGGGCGGGGCUGGUCAAGGCACUGGUCAAGCAUGGCAUGAAGGUGGUGGGGUGUGCAAGAAACAUCGACAAAAUACAGACUCUAGCAGCUGAACUGAAGAGUCAACCUGGCAUGGUCAAGGCAGUGCGCUGUGACAUAUCCAAGGAAGAAGAUGUAUUGGCGAUGUUCCAGACGAUCAAGGCUGACCCUGACCUUGGCGGAGUGGACGUGUGCAUCAACAACGCUGGUCUGGCCCACAACGAACCACUGUUGACAGGAAGCACCCCCCAGUGGAAGGAAAUGGUGGAUGUGAAUAUCCUUGGCCUAUGCAUGUGCACCAGAGAGGCCUUCAAGUCCAUGCAGGAGAGGAAGGUGGAUGAUGGGCACAUCAUCCUGCUCAACAGUAUGUCUGGUCAUCGUGUUAUACCGAGCGGUGCCACACACUUCUAUUCUGCUACAAAGUAUGCUGUGACUGGAAUAGUUGAAGGACUCCGACAAGAGUUGAGAGAGUUGAAAAGCGGGAUCCGUGUAACGUCAAUAAGUCCAGGUCUGGUGGAGACAGAGUUCACCUAUCGAAUGAUGAAGGACGAUGGAAAAGCUAAGGCGAUUUACAGCUCAAUUCCGUGUCUGCAGGUGGACGACAUCACGAACACUGUGAUAUUUUCCUUACAGUCUCCAAAGCACAUGGAGAUUAAUGAUGUCCUAAUCCGACCAACAGCCCAGUCCAGUUAGAGGAACUUCAAUCAGCAAACUAUUUUGAUGCUGUGGUUUUGGUGUACAACAUGUCAGCAUAUAAUCAGAUUAGUCACAGUAGUUUUACAAUAUCACGCAGACUUGCAAACUAAAAGAUGUACAUGAUGUUUUGGAAUGGUGCUAAAACGUGUAAUUCUUCUUUGUUGACUUGGACUUGGAAUUUCCUGUUGUAUAUAUGUACGCAGUUUAGUACUCAGAUACCAAAUAUUGAGAAAACUUUCGAAGAAAAAGAAAAAUUGUUAACAUUUGGAUCGCUGCGGACUCAGAAUUUUAUUUUUUGAAGGAAUGAAAAAGGUAUCUGUCUAGAAACUUGAUUAACAUUAACAAAGUGACCUUGACAUUGUUGAACAAGAGGUGAGUAACAGGCCUUGGUUUGUCACUAUUUUUGUUGAUUUUAUUUCUUACCCUACCGAAAAAACUGAUGUUUUAUGUUUAGGUACUUGGGUAUCCCGGAACAAUAUUGUAUCUACUGGCUGGAUUAUCCCAUUGUUGUAGAUUAUCCAGUGCUGAUUGUUAUUGAUUUGACUAUGGUUAUGAAUUUAUGAUUUCCUUGUUAUAUUUUGUCAUUUAACAAAUGAUUGUGUCUACUAUAUACCAGAUAUCAUUUUGAAAGAUUGAAGGAAUAAACAAAUGGAUCAAAUCUUAAAUGUCGUGUUAAGUUGUAACUCAUGCUCCCCUCUAAUGGCAAUAAAAUCAUCUUAUUAA